GGUCAAUGGGAACCAAAACUACACACGUAUCCUCUUGGAGCAUCCACGACAUUUCUUCAGGUGAGGAAAAAGUUUUACUUCCUCACAGUAGCAUGACCCUUUUUGUAAAACUUAUUACCCUAAUUUCAAAAUUUGAGACAAAAUAAUUAUGAGACUAAAAAAAAACUCAAUAUUUUAAUAAUUUCUUAUUACGCAUUGAUUAAUUGCAAAACGGGUAAGCGUUUGCAUUCACAAGUUCACAACGGCGCCGUCAUUUCCGUCCGGUGCAGUGAAGCCAGCGGCUGCGGCCUCAGAAGAAGAAGAGCGGUAGAUUAAAGAUGCCGGUGAGAGCGGAGAAGGAGCAUCUGAACGUAGUGCUUGGUUCACACCUCGCCAAUAUCCAUGAAACCCUACAGGUUUUGGAUCAAACGGCUUCUUCUGCUUUGGACAAAGUCAGCUGGGAUGACGUCAUCAAAAUGGGUGAUGAAGUUCAAAAACAAGCUACCACAGUUGGGAUGCUGUGGACUGGAGACAAACCAGGGGCAAAAGCAAUUGAGGAGAAUAUGACAACAUACUUCAACACGCUUCAAGGUUUUCUGUUGCUCUCCCAUGCCAGUACUGUUGGUGCAGGGCCUACACUGUCUUCCAGUGUUCAUGCAUCUGUGAAGCAGGUUGUUGAUUCCAGCUUCAGGUUGAUGAAGGACACUGUCUCUUCAUAUGGAUCUCAUUCUAAAGACCAGAAACUAUCAGUUCCUCAAUUGGUUGGUGCCGUGUGGGAAGCAUGUGAUGCCCUUAAAAAGACUCCGGCAACAAAUAUUACAGCAAUUGGGCGAGCAAUGACGCAGGUAGCAGUUUCAGUGAAGGAUGUUCUUCGCGAGAUGAAAGAACUAAAGCCAGACUCAUCUGCUGUUCCAGACAACACAGCAGUAGGUGAGAGUUGUGCAGAAGCAACAGAGGAUGAACCGCAUGAUGAUAAUUUGAGCGAAGGUGAUCUGGGGAAUGAUUUGUCACCCGAAGAGAUGAAAGUGGCUGAGAAAGCAAUUGUGGUUGUAUCUGAUACACUUUCAGUCAUAAAAGAACUUAUUCGCUCCAUCACAGGGUUGCUUAAACUGGAGAAACCAAAUGACAGUGGCAGUUUUGUGGAUUCAUUGGAGAAAUUGUUGAAGCAGUGUCAAGAACUUGGUCGGCAGAUUGAUGACAUUGGAGCUUGCCUCUAUCCGCCACAAGAGAUAUCUGCUAUAAAAGCAGCCACGAAUGAAAUCAGCUGCAUCAUUGAGGUUUUGCAAGCAGAGUUAGGAGGGCUUAAAGGUUCAUCAGAUGCAUUUGUGGAGGUAUGCAAUGCUUUGAAGAGUUCAUUGACACAGCUUGCCUCCGAAAUAAGUAGUUCUAGUACUGCUGAUAUAGAAGCCAAAAUCGAAAGUAUUACAUUAAGCAAUUAGUAGAGCUGAUGUGUGUGCUGCUGCUUUUUCUUUUUUAGAGGUCUUUUUGGGGAGGGUGGGGAACAUAUUUAUGUGCCACAAUUUGAUUAUAAAUGACACUUUUGUGAGGUAUAUAUAUACUUCUGUUUCUUGUCAACACCAGAUUUGAGCUUUAGAUGAUUAUGGAAUGCUAUCAUUGAUAAUAUUUCUUCUGAAUUAUCAGGAAAAGAAUUAGAGCUGGGGUUCAAAAAUCAGAUUUG